AGACGAAUUAACCGUCACACCGCCGAUACCUUCGUCUCCUCUCUAUCUCUGAAAUUCUACAUCUCCAUUUCACCGCCGAUUAAACGCCAAAAUGGUCGAUUGCAUCCAGUCUUUUGGUCGUCUCGGUGUUGGAUACUGGUUUUGGAAAUCUGAUUGAAUAUUGUUCAAUUAGGGGAAGGGUAAAUAAACAGAAAAAUGAUUGCGGAUUUGCACCUAUUGAGGACAAUCAGCGCGGCCAUGCGCCACCGCCAAAUCGGGGAAGGCCUCUCCAAUAUCCACCGCCGCUUAUUACACCACGGUCCAGACACCGUUGACGAGCUAUUCGAAAGGCAUGUAGUGAAGGACGAUAACAAGCACCUCGAUGAUGACGAAAAGGAACUUUUGACUCGGCAGCGACUCACCAGCACUCGGCGCGAGGCUCUGAGCCUGUACCGGGAUAUCAUCCGAGCCACUCGGUUCUUCAUGUGGCCUGACUCGCGGGGCGUCCUUUGGCGCGAUGUUUUGAGGGAAAAUGCGCGGAAGGAAUUCGAGGCUGCGCGCUUUGAAAAGGAUCCGGAGGUAGUGACUCGGCUGCUUAUCGGAGGACGGGAUGCAGUGCAGGCGGCGAUCGAUAAGCUCGUGGAAAAGCAGAAGGAGCAAAUCGAGAAGGAAAGAAAUGAGUCGCGCCGCUGAUGAUGUUAAUGGUAAUUACUUCAUAUUUGGAAUUGAAUUUGCUGUUCUUAAUUGAAUCUGGAAUUGCUCCUAUGCCAUAUUUCCAAAUCAAAUUACUUAAGGGUAGCAAUUUUUGCCUUUUUUUUCCUUGAGCUGUUGUUGGUAGUUAUCUAUUUUUUGGGGAAAUUGGGGAUUAAAUGGGAUUUGUACGUUAUAGGUUUCUUGUGUCUAGCUUGUGUAUUUUAAUGUUGUUCAUAUUACACAGAAUAAAGGUUUUGAAUUUGUUGUUUAUUUGUAUGUUGGGGAAACAUGAUUUGUGGAGCAUAUAAUGCGAAGGUAGAAGCAUAACCUUGAAAUGGAUGAGGAACAGAUGGAAUUGAAGCUCUUUGGGUAUAUCUGUUUAAAAACUUGUCUGAAUCUUCGACAAGUAGUGGCCAUAUGAAUAUGGAUGGCAUAUCAAGGUGUUCUUCAACCUUUUUGGUCCCCCUUAGAAUAAGUCAACUUAGUUAGCAACUCCAUCUUUACACAAGUCAGGGUUAUAGAGAAUGGAGAAAAAAACAGACAGGAAAUGGCACAGUAAUCUCUAUGGAAGAUUCAUUACCUUAAUGGUUUAUGCAUAUGCCGGUGUGUAGGGGAAGUUUGUCACAGUUAAUGCAUUUGUUAUUUCGUAUAUUUACUUGUAGAUGAUUGAGAACUUAGCCCAAUCACAUAACUAAUGUUGUUUGUUCAGUA